AUUCCGGCGCUAGCUAAGAAUAUUCAGUGCUAAUGACGCACUGUUCUAUGUCGGAAAUAAGUGAACAAGGUUUGUGCACUUCUUCAAUAGAGACUACGCAGAUGAUGUCUUUCACUGAUGAACGUUUUAGCCAAAAUGCCAAUGUGUGCAAAAUCGAAUAUACUCACUUUGGUGAAUUUUAUGUUUGCACAUUGUGUAACGUAAAGUGCACUGGAAGGAAACCCUUUCUACAGCAUAUAUAUGGAUCAGUUCACAAAAGGAACUCCAAUUCAAACACAUUUUUCGGAAAUGAAUGCAACGCGAACUUGAACUCUCUUGAGCAGUACGUCCCACAUUGCAAUGGAUUGGGACAUGAACGGAACGUACUUCCAUCCUCUGAACGUUUGACUUCUGGACAAGGUUGCACCCAGCAAGGAUCUGUUGGAGACAAUGACGCUUCCUACUUUUGUACACCUUGUAGUCUUCAGUGUUCUUCUAAGAAACAACUGGAUUGUCACUUGUUAGGUAGGAAACAUGUAAGACGGUGCAGCAGACAAACAGCGUAUUCGCCUGUUCAGCGGUCGGACAACGUUGUGUUGCAAUCACAAUCGAAUCAGCUUGUUGACCUAGUGCAAGAUUUUUCACAAAUGCAUACUUCGAUGGAGUCAGCAGUUGGAAAUUCGAACAACUCAACUAAUGCAGAAAUGGUUCCCUUUAUUAGAAAGAUCACAGAACUUGAGUCGAGACUCAUAUCAACGACUGGUGUUUCUCUGGUGUUUUCAUCACUGUCAUUUUGCUCACUUCCUCCAUGUCAGCAACAAAUGGACACAGAUGACGCAGUCAGAGCAUCUCUUCAACAAAGCACUUGUGACUCAUAUGAAAGCGAACACUUUUGUAGACACACUGCUUGUGUCUUAGUGCGAUCAUUGCAGGUGAGUUGGUGUUUUGCCACGAUUAUUUUUUAGAUCUUAUUUACACUAGACAAACAACAAUUGUAUGUUCUUGAGUAAUAAUAAAUGACAACCGAAUAAGGUUGCAAGUCCAUGAUCAUGUGCACGUUGGCGUACUGCUCUGUAGGUUAACAUCUGUGUGAAAUUUGACUAUAUCAGGCUGGCAAAGUUGACUAAACAGAGCAUAUUUCGGUUUCAUGAAUCACUGGUAGAUAAAUAAAUCCUUGCAUAUAUCCACACGAUGGUUAAAUGAGAAAUCGGGGUGGGUUUCUUUGUGGGAAACUGGGAGGAUUUCUUCGAGUGCUUCUCGCGUUUUGAAUUUUUGGAGGAAGCAUCUCUUCUCUAAUGAUGACAAACUUACUAGAGAGAAUUAUGCAUGCAUCACCGAAAGAGAAGCAUUUCUUACACGAAACGUUUUGUUAUAUACAACGAAGCAUAUGUUUCAACACGGUAGAUCAUAGUUUUGUACCGUUUUUAAUGAUCCUGUUUCACAUGCUUCAAUAUUCAAAAUGCAAAGCAUAUUUGUGACCGUGUUUAGAGUUAGUCGUUUUCCUAUUUCGUCUUCUGCUCUGAUAUGUUAUUAAAAUGAGUUGGGAAGCAAAAGUUCAUUCUGAGUUGUUUUGUUUUGGAUUGUUGUGUAUCUCGAGAAAGUUGUAAUCAACAUGAGUACGAUGGACAUUUCAUAUAGUUUACCUAAAAGUACAAAUGCCUGCUACCAAGGUGAAAUAUCGUAUUCUGCUUUGCAAUAAGAUGAAUUAUUGUAUUGGUAAAUGUUUGUUGGUGGACAUUUUAGGUUUUGCGUGAAACAAGCUUAAUGUCGAAGCCACGUGUAUGUUAUACAAAUGGCACUAAAUACGCGCCACUUCACCUUUCUAACGAUUGUCAGGCUGUUGUGAAAGCAUUGUGCUUAUUCACUAGGAAUUCAACUAGUCAAUUUUAAAACAGCAGUAAACUUGUGUUAACUAUUGUCAUCUGAGGUUCUGAAGUCAAACAAGUUUUUUUCGAACGCUAAAUUAAGCUAAAUGGUAUGCUUUUCAUUGCAGACUCCAUCUAACGAGACAUGUUUGUGCCCUAUAGAUAUGAACUAUAGCACAGAACUUAACUAUCGAUUCUCAUUCCACGAAUAGCCGAGACUGAACGAUCAAUUAAUAUCAAUAUAGGACCAGGCAUUACUGCGUAACGGUUGAGUUGCCACAGCUCAUAUCGGUACAUCAAGUAGAAAGGUAGUGAGAUGGAAGAUG